UGGUGUUUUUUACCAGAAAUAAUUUAGGCAUGAGAAGCUCGUUACUUAAAAUAUUAGGUUUAAAUUAUGUGGCAUAUCGGCCUUUUUCAUUGGCAAACAAGCAAUUUCAGUCGGAACUUAUUUCUGCAUGGAAAACUCUUGGCGUUACAGAUAAUUGUUCUCGCGAAGAAGCACGAAAUGCCUUUAUGAAAUGGGCAAAGGAAUACCAUCCUGAUAGCGGUUCACCAAACGCAAAUAGCGAUAAGUUUUCGGAUUUAUCUACAGCGUAUAAACUUGUGAUAAAGAAUAUAAAGUUCAAAGAAAAUGCUAGCAUGCCAGAUAUUAUCGAGGAGGAAUAUUCUAUUGAAGAAAUUUUAAAAGAAACGAUUCCUAUUGCCCAUCGGAAAUAUCUCACAAAUGAUGGAAUUGGUUAUGGAACGCCAAGUCAACGUCAAAAACAAUAUCAAGCUUAUAGGAUGAAUAGAGCUAGUGCAAUGGUGUCUGACUAUAAAAUGCAGAAAGUACAAAGAGAAACAGAAGGAUCCAAUAUGCUAACAGUAAAAGAGUUUGCAAAAAGGUCUAAAACAUCACAUUUUGUGGAUCGAGUUGUUGAAGAUUUAAUCCAGGAAUCAAUGGCGAAAGGAGAAUUUGAUGAUACUAUUAAAGGAGGUAAGAUUGAAACACCUACAAUGCCAUAUGUUGACCAACAUGAUUAUCAUUUGAAUAAAGUUUUGAUAAACAGCGGAUACACGCCUGAAUGGGUACAAUCGAAGCAAGAAAUUAAAAAAAAUCUUGAAAAAUAUCGAGAUACUUUAUUGCAAGAAAGAAAACGUUUUCACAGAUCUUCUUCACAAUAUUCGAAAAUUAGUAAGGAACGAUGGAAAGAAAAAUGUGAUGAAUUUUACAAGUUGAUAGAUUCUAUAAAUAAAGAAAUUCAGCUUUUUAAUUUGAUUACACCAUUGCCGAAGACGCAAAUGCUUAUGCUUUGUCCAGAUAAAGAGUUUGAAUUUGUUCAAAAGCAGUUUGAAGAAUGUUUGAAUAGCGAAGAAUUCAGACUUCAGGCUAAAUCUGACAAAAACAAAACUGAUGACACAAAGUCUUUAUUUUCAUCUUUGAAGGAAUUUUUGUCGUUUUAAGAUAUGUUUGCACUUGUAGCUAAUAUAUACCUCCUAAUUCUUCUCAACUUGAAUCAUAUAUUCCUCUUAAUUAAAGUAGAAUGUUUCUGGUAUUUACGGCUCAGGUAAUGAAAUUAAUCUUAUUAAUUUUUAUCCAUUAUUGUUAUAGAUGGUGAACUUUAUUUCAUUUUUUUUGAAAAAAUAUUCAAGUUACGUACCCUGAAUCAGAAGUAGGUAUAACUCAUUUCUAAGCAAUAUUAUAGCAACCACUGAAAUAUGAAGAUCUACUGAUAUAUAUAUAGAUUUUACGACUGUUCUGGGUAUUAUUAAUUAAGGAGAAACAGAUGACAUGGGAGCUUGAUAAACCAUGAUCUUUCCUAUAUUCAUCUAUAUUUCUAUGAAAGAGUGGUGCAUUUGUAUAGAUAUGAGAUGCAUGUUGCCAUUAUCUUAUUGAUAUCUGUGAAUAUUUGAUCAUAUAGUGUUACUAUAAUAGAUUUGUUGCUAAAAUUGAACCUAUUUAGUUAUUCUCGAUUUACAAUUUACUUAAGAUUAUGAUUAUACAUAAG